AUUGUCAUGAUGCCAUGGAAAAAUUUCCACUGAAGGGUACAGCGUUCUUGAACUCUACAAUCCCUCACUCAAAUGCAAAUGCUACAACAUAUCAUUCAGUUGAUGCAAAGAACAUAAAGUAUGGUGAUACUAAAACAGAAGAUGUACGACUACGAACCGGAAGACGCGAGACAAAUUUAAGCAGCGAUGAUGACAUGCUAGAUAUCAAUCAUCACAUGUCUCAUCAUUCGGAUAACAAUAUGUUAUCAGAUUGUGUUCGCAUUGACGAUGCAUCUUCCCAUACAAAUGUUAUAAAGAAACAUGCAGGAAAUUUUACAAUACUAAGCACGAGUCCAUUUUUGUAACUCUGUUAAAUCGAAUUUAAUAGUCUUAUAACACCUCUAUUGGUCCUAUAUACAUCCUCUAGCUUGAAAAAUAUCAUACAUUAUCACUUCCUGUUGAAGAAACUUGAGGAAUGUCUGUUGAUCUGCCCAUCUCAUCUGGUGACGUAUAUCCCUGAGUGAUACCAGUUAGACAAAUUGAACCAAAUUUCUUAAUAUUCUCGGCAUAUCAUAGUGACAAAAUGUUUUCAGUUGACUCCGAUGACAUACCCGGCAUCGGACAGUAUGAUGAUUUUCAUACUAUCGAUUGGCAACGGGAUAUUGCGCGAGACCGGAUGCGGCAUCGUUAUAUCGUGAAGAAGAAACACGAUUCCAUCUGGGGUUUAAUAAAGGGGGCUCACGAUGCAUGGUCUGGAUGGCUGUGCGUCUUACUAGUUGGACUUUUUACGGGUGUGGCCGCUGGUGUUAUAGAUAUUGGCGCUUCCUGGAUGACAGAUCUGAAAUUCGGUAUCUGUCCGCAAGCUUUCUGGUUAAAUAAGGAGCAAUGCUGUUGGAGUUAUAACGAAACUACAUUCGAUGGCGGAAAUUGUUCACAGUGGUGCACGUGGCCCGAGCUAUUCAAUCAAUCAAAAGAUGGUGCAGGACCUUAUACAAUUUCAUACUUAUUUUAUACAGCAUGGGCCCUUCUAUUUGCGGCACUUUCCGCAUCUUUAGUACGAAUGUUUGCACCAUAUGCUUGUGGUUCUGGAAUACCUGAGAUAAAAACGAUUUUGAGUGGCUUUAUUAUCCGUGGAUAUUUGGGUAAAUGGACACUGAUUAUUAAAUCAGUAGGUCUGAUUCUUUCUGUAUCGGCGGGCUUAAGCUUGGGAAAAGAAGGUCCUAUGGUGCACAUUGCAUGCUGUAUAGGAAAUAUAUUUUCUUAUCUAUUUCCAAAAUAUGGUAGGAAUGAAGCGAAGAAGAGAGAAAUUUUAUCUGCCGCAGCUGCAGCAGGAGUUUCCGUUGCUUUUGGAGCUCCGAUUGGCGGCGUACUAUUUAGCUUAGAAGAGGUCAGCUAUUAUUUUCCACUAAAGACUUUAUGGCGAUCGUUCUUCUGUGCUUUAAUAGCUGCUUUUGUACUACGUUCCAUAAAUCCAUUUGGAAAUGAACAUUCAGUAUUGUUUUACGUAGAAUAUAAUAAACCUUGGAUAUUUUUUGAAUUAAUUCCUUUUGUCAUACUUGGUAUAAUUGGGGGUAUAAUAGCAACAUUAUUUAUCAAGGCAAAUUUAUUUUGGUGCCGUUAUCGUAAAACUUCAAAAUUAGGACAAUAUCCUGUAACUGAAGUGUUGAUCGUAACAGUUGUAACGGCAGUAAUCGGAUAUCCUAAUCCAUAUACGAGGAUGAGUACCAGUCAACUCAUUUAUUUAUUGUUUAGCCAAUGCGGGGUAUCGAACGCGGAUAUGUUAUGUGACUACAAUAGAAAUUUCACCGCUGUGAAAUCCGCAAUCGAGAUUGCCGCAGCUGGCCCUGGAGUCUACAAAGCUAUAUGGCUACUUGUACUGGCACUGAUACUGAAACUCAUUAUGACGAUAUUCACGUUUGGCAUGAAAGUACCAUGCGGUUUAUUUAUUCCGUCCUUAUGUCUCGGGGCAAUAAUGGGUCGUAUUGUGGGUAUAGGAAUGGAGCAGCUUGCAUACAAUUAUCCUCACAUAUGGAUGUUUAGCGAGGAAUGUUCCAUGGGUGUCGAUUGUAUUACACCUGGGUUAUAUGCGAUGGUCGGGGCUGCCGCUGUUCUUGGAGGUGUGACCAGAAUGACGGUUUCUUUAGUCGUCAUUAUGUUUGAAUUAACCGGCGGCGUGCGGUACAUUGUACCUUUAAUGGCCGCGGCCAUGGCGAGUAAAUGGGUUGGCGAUGCACUCGGAAAACAAGGCAUUUAUGAUGCUCAUAUCGGUUUAAACGGAUACCCAUUUCUGGAUAGCAAAGAUGAAUUUCAACAUACAACUUUGGCGGCAGAUGUUAUGCAACCCAAACGAAACGAAGCUCUUCAUGUCCUUACUCAAGACUCAAUGACAGUUGAAGAUGUGGAGAACUUGCUUAAAGAAACUGAGCAUAACGGCUUUCCCGUAAUAGUUUCUAAGGAAUCUCAAUAUCUCGUUGGUUUCGUUUUACGACGAGAUCUCAAUCUUGCUAUUGCUAAUGCCAAAAGGAUGAUUGAGGACAUCAGCAGGCAGUCGUUAGUUAUUUUUACUAACGGAAAUAAUGUCCAAAGCCAUUCGCCUCCGCCUUUAAAGUUAAAAAAAAUCUUAGACAUGGCCCCUAUCACUAUCACAGACCAAACUCCUAUGGAAACUGUAGUUGAUAUGUUUAGAAAAUUAGGAUUACGCCAAACUCUUGUUACACAUAACGGGCGACUUCUAGGUGUAAUAACAAAAAAAGAUGUUUUGAGGCAUGUGAAGCAGCUUGACAAUGAAGAUCCAAAUUCUGUUUUAUUUAAUUAAACAGUAUGCUACGACAGCCAACUUAAAAUUAUCAAUUUAAUUCAUAACAAUAGCAGUAUAAAAACGAACAACACAUAUAUAUCUAUAUACAGAGUGACCCGCAAUGACCGCGCACUAAGUACAUGGCAUUAUUCCUCACCAAAAACUGAGACGAAAAGUCCUGAGCCAUUUUUUUUUUAUAAAGCUUAAUAAAGGAGUUAUUAUUGAGUAAAGUCUGACCAAUCAGCGCCGAUCUUUAGCCGAGCGCACAUCAGUGAGCCGCGCGCCGUGAAGUGUGCACCGCCGUGUGCAUACUACUAGGCGCGCGGCUCACCGACAUGCGCCCGGCUAAAAGUCGGCGCUGAUUGGCCAGACUUUACUCAAUAAUAACACUGGAAUAACGCUAUGUACUUAGUGGACGGUCAUUGCGGGUCACCCUGUAUAUACAUACAGAGAGAUAAUUUAUAUUAAUUUAAUUAAAAUGUAUUUUAUAUAUAUAUCUAUUCUGUCAAUAUUUACCUGCACAUUUAAAUCAUUAAAACGUUGUAUGUAAUUAGAGAGAGGGAAAUAAGCUUGCAAUAGGCUACUAAAUUUGUAUAUUCAUCUUUGUUUGAAAUAGAAAGUUUAAGAUUUUAUAUCCGUGUAUUUCGAUCAGCGGAUUUUAUUUUUCAUAUUGUAAUCAAUAAUAAAUCAUUAUAUUGACAAUUCGUUAUACAAAUAUAUAUAAUUUACUAUGUAUGCACUUUUCUUGUAAAUUACAAUACAUUAAAAGUAUAGGACAUGUAUAAAUAGUAUAUAUAUAUAUAUAUUAAAUAUUGUUAUAUCAUAUACAAUUUUCUGAAUGGCAUGAAAUUACAUUAAUAUACGUUAUAUGGAAUAUUCUUAUAAUAUUAAGUUAAUGAUAAAUAUUAAAUUAUUUUAUUUUACAUAAUUGUUGCCACAUCCUGUGACAUACGCUAUCGAACAAUUAAGUUUUGUGACUCGCUUCGCAUUUCUGAACUGUUUGAUCCGUUUGUGCUGCUAUUUUAGAAGGUUAUUCACAACUCAAUACUUAACAUGUGAUGCAAGUUUUAAAUUAUUUGGUUCAAUAAUCAGUUAAUGAGAUAUAGUCACGCGAAGUUGUGUUACAAAAUUUUGUUUAAAAAUCAGUGUAAUGGAAGGGAACGACAAUGCGCCAACAUUAAAUUCUGCGUUAAAUUAGAGAAGUCCUCAAUAGAAACGUUACAAAUGAAUUCAAGCCUAUGGAGAGUCAGCUAUGUAUAAAAGUAAGUAGUUUCGAAGAUACAGAUGACAUAAAAAAUAACGUGAAUCAAAUUUUGAAAGGAUUUGCUUUAGAGGACUAUCAGAACUGCUUUGAGUAAUGGCGGAGAUGUUGAACUAAGUAUGUCGAGUUAGGUGGUGACUACAUUGGAACGUUUUAACUGUCUAAGAUUUGUACGAUUAAAAAUAAAUUUUUUAUAUGAAAGUCUCGAAACUUAAUUGUUCCACAGUGUACUUCUCAUCCCUAUAUAUACAUAGAUUUUAUAAUUAAAUUUAUAUAUUUGUUACUAUACUUAAGGACUUUAAUUUAUUGUUUUGUCCUUUUGAUUUUUGUCUUUUCGCGAGAUAUAUAUAAAAUUACAAAUGGUAAUCAUCUUAUAUAUAUUUAAUUUAUUUGGAAGCACAUACAAUAUAUAUAUAUAUAAUUAUAUUAAUUUAAUACAAAUUAAAAAUUUUACUAAAUUAAAAUAUUACAAACGUUUUCUUACAUAUUAAACAUAAUUGAUUAACUUCACAUGUAAAAUCAC